CUCCCACACAAAACACAUUACCUUACACACACUGUAAAAAAGAGAAGAAAAAAAUAAAUAAAAACAAAAUCAAAUCAAGUUCUUAAUUCAUUUCAUUUACCCCCCAUCGUCUUCUAGGGUUCCACAACAAUGGCCCAAGUCAUGAACAACAUGGCGGUCGAUUCACUCGACCGUCGUCGCGACCGCAAAGACAAAUCCUCCACCGCCGACGACACCACCACCAACAACGACAAUACCACCGCAACCCAAUCCUCUCCCCCACCACCACCUCAACAACAAAAUCAACCUCCGCCAUCUUCUAGAAGGCGCGAUAGAGACUCACGAGAAAGGCGUGAUGACCGAGACCUUGACCGUCCACCUAACCGUCGUGGACCUGAUUAUUAUGAUAGAAAUCGUUCUCCGCCGAUGCCUAGAGAUAGAGAUAGGGAUUAUAAGAGGCGGGGCACAUUGAGUCCUCCUCCGCCUGUUUCGUAUAGAGAUAGAAGGCACUCGCCGCCGCCGCGAAGGUCGCCUCCUUACAAGCGGUCUAGGAGGGAUGAUGGAGGUUAUGACGGGAGGAGAGGAAGUCCACGUGGCGGUUUUGGACCUGGCGAUAGAAGGUUUGGGUAUGAUUAUGCUGGUGGAUAUGAACGUGAGAUGGGGGGCAGACCUGGCUAUGGUGAUGAAAGGCCUCAUGGCCGGUACAUUGGUCGGCCAUCUGGUGGUUAUAGUGGUCCUUCAGAAUGGGAUUCAGGUCGUGGUGGUUACAGUGAUGUUCCUAACGCAGGGAGUGCUCAAAGGGAAGGCUUGAUGUCCUACAAGCAAUUUAUUCAGGAGCUUGAAGAUGAUAUACUUCCUGCUGAAGCAGAGCGCAGAUAUCAAGAAUACAAGUCAGAAUAUAUUUCAACUCAGAAGCGAGUUUUCUUUGAUGCUCAUAAGGAUGAGGAAUGGUUGAAGGACAAAUAUCACCCAACUAAUUUACUUUCAGUCAUAGAAAGGAGGAAUGAACUUGCACGGAAGGUUGCAAAAGAGUUCUUGCUAGAUUUACAGAGUGGGACGUUGGACUUAGGUCCUGGUGUAAAUGCCUCGUCAUCAAAUAAAUCUGGACAGACUAGUGAUCCAAAUUCUGAUGAUGAAGCAGAUGCUGGUGGUAAAAGAAGACGGCAUGGUCGGGGACCUGCUAAAGAAACUGAUCUUUUAUCUGCUGCUCCUAAGGCACACCCAGUCUGCUCAGAACCUAGAAGAAUCCAAGUUGAUAUUGAACAAGCACAGGCUCUUGUACGCAAACUUGAUUCAGAGAAAGGAAUUGAGGAAAAUAUCUUAUGUGGAUCUGAUAACGAUAAAAUGAGUCGGGAGAAAUCCCAUGGUGGCUCUACUGGUCCAGUUAUUAUCAUAAGGGGUUUGACCUCUGUCAAGGGCUUGGAGGGUGUUGAACUUCUGGACACACUUAUUACUUAUAUGUGGCGCAUCCAUGGUGUGGAUUAUUAUGGGAUGGUUGAAACAAGUGAAGCAAAGGGUCUCAGACAUGUUAGAGUAGACGGAAAAAGUAGUGACUUAGGUAGUAAUGGGUCUGAGUGGGAAAAGAAACUUGACUCUCGUUGGCAAGAGAGAUUGAGGAGUCAAGAUCCAUUAGAAAUAAUGACUGCAAAGGACAAGAUCGAUGCUGCUGCUGUUGAUGCUUUGGAUCCCUUUGUCCGGAAGAUUAGGGAUGAAAAGUAUGGGUGGAAGUAUGGUUGUGGAGCCAAAGGUUGCACAAAGCUUUUUCAUGCUGCUGAGUUUGUGCACAAGCAUCUUAAACUGAAGCACCCAGAACUUGUGAUGGAGCUCACUGUCAAAGUCCGUGAAGAACUGUAUUUUCAGAACUACAUGAAUGAUGCAGAUGCACCUGGUGGGACACCUGUCAUGCAGCAACCUUUACCGAAGGAAAAACCAAUGAGACGCAAGCUAGGUUCAGAGAACCGAUUAAAAGAUGAACGUGGAAACCGUAGAGAACGUGACUAUCGAGCUAAUGGUAGUGAUAGAUAUGAUAGGUCUGACAAUGCUCAAUCUAGUGAAUUUCCAUCCAACAAUGAUGGUCCUGAUGGUGCAAAUCGUGAUGAAUCAAUGUUUGAUCCUUUUGGAGGAGGCAUACGGGUUGGGCCUCCUUUCCCCUCUGAUAUACCCCCUCCACCGGUAUUGAUGCCUGUUCCUGGUGCUGGUCCAUUGGGGCCUUUUGUCCCUGCGCCACCUGAAGUUGCUAUGCGGAUGUUUAGAGAACAGGGUGGCCCUCCUCCUUUCGAAGGGGGUGGUAGAAAUGGGCGGCCUGGGCCCCAACUAAGUGGACCAGGCCCUAUUCUUUUGUCUCCAGGUUUUCGACAGGAUCCUCGACGAUUAAGAAGCUACCAAGACCUAGAUGCACCAGAGGAUGAAGUCACUGUUAUAGACUACAGGAGUUUGUAAAGAAGUGGUUGAUUGUUGAAAGAAUAUAAGUUGAUAUUUUUGGAGGGUCGAGGCAACUCCUGCACUAGCGACAGACGUUAACUUGCAACGGUAAAAGAAACCACAUUGUGCUUAGAUAAUUAGGAUGUGAAUCUACUGCAGGUUGCUCAUGGUUUCUGCCACUGUUGAAUGAUAGUGCUACUUAGUCCUGCAAUGUGUGUUAGACUAGUGAUCCAAACUCCAAUUUUUUAUUCCCCACUCUUUGACUUGACUUGAAAAGAGAUUUUCUUUUAUGAAUUUGGGGUGCGUUUAUACUAUGGUUAACGUAGUAGAUUUUUUAUAGUU